AUGACGAAAGUCAUAGCAAAAGACUUGGAGUUGCCUCUUUUCGAGCUGUCAAAAAUAUGUAAAGCUACUGAUGAUUUCUCAUUCAAUAGCAAGAUUGGAGAGGGUGGAUUUGGACCUGUUUAUAAGGGCGUGCUGGAUGGGGGGCAGGAGAUCGCUGUCAAAAGAUUAUCAAGAACAUCCCUUCAAGGAGUGAGCGAGUUCAAGAACGAAGUAAUCUGCGUUCAAAGCUGCAGCACCGGAAUCUGGUUAUCUACGUUCGAUCUUUUCACAUUCGUAUCACGAAUUUGUUUGGCAGAUCCAUUGGGAAGCAAGUUGCUUGGUUGGCCUAAACGCUACCACAUCAUCAAUGGCAUUGCUCGCGGCCUUCUGUAUCUUCAUCAAGAUUCACGGCUCAGGAUCAUUCACCGGGACCUCAAAGCCAGCAACGUGUUGCUGGAUUCAGACAUGAAUCCAAAGAUAUCAGACUUCGGGCUAGCUAGAAGCUUUGGGGGGAACGAGACUGGAGCCAACACGAGCAGAGUCAUGGAACAUAGUAAGAUUCUUGAACAUAGUAGUGAUGCAGUUACUUUUCUUGAAACGUAA